AUGACAACCACAUUAGCUGGUUCUCUGGAGCCAACAACCCCCUCAGAUCUCCACUACAUCCAAUACGAUCCAGACAAGGAAGCACAAUACCUGACCGCCAUCCGCGAAUUGAUAUCAAAAGACCUUUCCGAGCCCUACAGUAUUUAUGUCUACCGCUAUUUCUUGUACCAAUGGGCAGACUUGUGUUACAUGACGGUAGAUUCAUCUGGAGAAUUGAUAGGCGUGGUCGUGUGCAAAUUGGAGCCUCAUCGUGAUGGUCCCAUGCGCGGAUACAUUGCCAUGUUGGCAGUCAAAAAGGAGCACAGAGGCAGGGGCAUUGCGUCAAAACUCGUGAGGAUGGCUAUGGAUGGCAUGAUAGCGAAAGAUGCAGAUGAGAUUGCACUGGAGACUGAAAUCGACAACAUACCCUCCCUCAAACUCUACGAACGACUGGGUUUCUUGAGGACGAAACGCUUGCAUCGCUAUUACCUGAAUGGCAACAGUGCAUACAGAAUGAUCCUCUACCUCAAAGAAGGAGUCGCCUCCAAGCAAACACAGAUACCCUACAACCCAGCAUACUAG